AGAAUAAUAAAAUUAAUAUACGCGUACACAUUAUGUUAAGUGUACUAGCUGGGCGAGUAACGAAUCGGCUCAGCGGACUCCUUUAUCGCAAAAUCGUAAGUAAAAUAAUCGUUCUGUUACAGCAUAGAUAAAAAAUUAAAAACCGUCAAAGUUGGGUUAUGUCAAAUACCCAGCUGAUUUCAAUGCUGGCAGACAGAGAGAUAUAAAUUUGCAAGGAGAAACUUAAGGACGAAAAGGACUUGGAUGGAAGUUAAAAACUUCGAUGUGCUGUCGAGAACCGAUCCCGUCAUCAUGAAGCUGGAUUGCCCGGAAUUUCAUUCGGUUUUCACACCGGAAUUGCAGACCCUUGCGAAUUUAUUCAAGAAGUAUAAUUACGAAUUACGAAUCGCCGGCGGUGCCGUUCGCGAUAUUCUCAUGAGUAAACAGCCCAAAGAUCUUGAUUUCGCAACCGAUGCUACACCGCAGCAGAUGAAAGAGAUGUUCACGAAGGAGGAGAUCAGAAUGAUAAAUGAGAAAGGGGAGAAGCAUGGGACGAUAACAGCGAGAAUAAACGACAAGGAGAACUUCGAAAUUACUACUUUGCGAAUCGACGUCCUGACUAAUGGACGGCACGCGCAGGUAGAAUUUACAAAAGAUUGGAAACUGGACGCGAAUAGACGAGAUCUGACUAUUAAUUCCAUGUUUCUCGAUCUCGAUGGUACAUUGUAUGAUUACUUUUAUGGUUACGAUGAUCUGCAAAGAAAACGAGUGGUUUUCGUAGGCGACGCUGAUACCAGGAUACGUGAAGAUUAUCUUCGAAUCCUCAGGUACUUCCGUUUCUAUGGAAGAAUAAUGGACAGUCCUGAUAAACAUGAUGAGGCUACGAUAAAGGCAUUGAAAGAAAAUAUCGACGGUCUGUCACAAAUAUCUGGUGAAAGAAUCUGGAGUGAGUGGAAUAAAAUUCUGAUGGGCAAUUUUGCCUUAGAGUUGACUCUGAAACUACUCGAAUGCGGCGCCAGUAAACAUAUCGGUUUACCUGAGGAACCUGUCGUAGAAAAUUUUCGAAUUGUUUAUCAACGCGCCUUGUCCAAUAAUGUAACUUUGAAACCCAUAUCCUUGAUCGUGUCGAUGCUAAGGAACGAAGAUGAAGUAAUGACGGUACAUAAUAGAUUGAAACUGUCAAAUUCCGACAGAGAUUUAGCAUUUUUUCUGAUGCAACAUAGAGAGUACAUACCAUGUGAAAAACCAUUAAAACCUUAUCAGCAACUGAUCCUUAUUCAGUCAACAGGCAGAUAUGAAAUCUAUCGAGAAUACGUGAAGGAGGUAUUGAGAUAUCGUGGCGCCAUGGAACUUCUGGAUGAAGUCGAACAAUGGAAAAUUCCGAAAUUUCCCAUCAACGGCAAUAUGAUGAAGGAACAUGUGUCGAAUCCAAAGAUAAUCGGCCUAGUUUUAAAAAAAUUGAAACAAAUUUGGAUUGACGAGGACUUUAAGCUCACUAGUGAACAUCUUCUAGAACAUAUACCAAGUAUACUCAGUGAAUUAGAAGAAGAAAAAAUAAAACGUCAAAAACAUCACAAAAAAACAUGAAAUACGUUUUUCAAAUAUUGAGUUUUAUGUGUAUCUGCACUAAAAGAAUACUGUUGUCGUUUAUACAAAUAGAAACACACAGAUUAAUUUGUUACUGCAAAUUAAUCUUUAAAUAGAUUUGAA